AUGGCCGUGGCCGCCUUUGCCGCCGUCUCCUCCCACGAGCUUCCCGACAAGUUGUCCCACCACAGGCUUUCUGAUGCGAGCACGAGCGCCGACGCGCUAGGGUCGCUUCCGUCGACCAGGGCAGAUGGUCUAGCAGCAGCGGCGCCUUCGGCCUCUGCCCUUUCUGGCACGCAGCUGCUGCCACGCGACCUCCACAGCUUGCGUCUUUUGGAGGCGCCCUUCGCGUCUCUGCCGGUCAUGCAGACGGUUUAUCAGUAUGCAAACUUUUAUCAGUAUGCAAACUUUCCCAAGACCUCGGGACAGGCUGAUGCGAUGCCUGCGAUUCCUUCCUCGCCGUCCGAUGUGCUGUACCGCUGGCACCUGCCAGACCCCAGGGUCUGUGCCGACUUCCCUGACAAGUCUCAGACGGUCGUGGUCCUUCUUGGGUGGCUGGGCUCAAGGCAGAAGCAUCUCAAGAGAUAUGCCGAUUGGUACACCUCCAGGGGCUUCCAUGUCGUCACCUUCACCCUCCCGAUGUCUGACAUUGUCAGUUAUAACCUUGGAGGGAAGGCUGAGAAGAAUGUUGAGAUGCUAUCUGAACAUCUUGCUGACUGGGUCAGGGAGGAGAGUGGGAAGAAGAUUAUUUUCCACACCUUCAGUAAUACUGGUUGGCUUUGCUAUGGCGUAAUUCUAGAGAACUUGCAUCAGCAGGAUCCUUCAGCAGUGGACAAAAUUAAAGCUUGUGUAGUAGACUCAGCACCUGUUGCUGCACCUGAUCCUCAGGUUUGGGCUUUGGGCUUCUCGGCUGCCCUCAUGAAAAAACGUAGUGUCACCACAAAGGGACUAGGAUCAGACGAUUCAAGGUCUGAUGUCCUAGUUGUGGAGUCUAACAAGGAGCCCAAGCUGGGAGCAACAGAGGCGGUUCUACUGUCAGCGCUGGAGAGUUUCUUUGAUGUUGUUUUGAACUAUCCAAAGAUCAACAGGAGGUUAUCUGACGUGAUGGAGCUUUUGUCUUCGAAGCAACCAAAGUGCCCCCAAUUGUACAUAUACAGCUCCGCCGACAGGGUGAUCCCAGCGAAAUCAGUGGAGGCAUUCAUCGAGGGUCAGCGGAAAGCCGGGCACGAGGUGAGGGCUUGCGACUUUGUGUCAUCGCCCCAUGUGGACCAUUACCGGAGCAAUCCUGGGCUGUAUACUUCUCAGCUGGGCAACUUCUUAGAGGAAUGUGUGCUUGCCAAGCGCUGGCGGGACCCAGCCCAGCCGCCUCCCCCUUCGUCUCCUCCUCUGACCCUUUCCUUCCCUUGGUUGAUGCCGCCACCGCGCGCCGCCGGCGGGUCAAUUCCUCCUGAUCCUGCCGCCGCCAGGCCAGAGGCAGCAGAGUCGGAGGGCAAGCUGCCGCAAGCUGCAGCAGACGCGAUGUGGCUCCAAACCCUCUCCGAGCCCGAGCUCGAUGUGUUGGUGAGCCUGAGGGAGCUGGCCGUCACGCGGGCCACCAACGCCGGCCAUCCUGCCCUCGCCGACACCGUCUUCCAUCUCCGCGCGCUGCGGGCUCUCGGGAUUGUUUUGGUGGAAGAGUUGAAAGAGCGGCUCAGGCAAAGCUCAGCUAAUGCAAACGUGCUGGACAGGCUUGCGUUGCUAAAUGAUCCUGAGGCUGAGGCAGUCAGGCCCAGCCAAGAUCACCAGAUGCCAGUGCCAAAUGGUAUCCACAAGAAACGAAAGCAAAGGCAGGUGCAGGAUGGGUAA